AUGCCAUCAAUGAUUUGGCGUAGCAGUUCGGUUGGACCAGUGAGUCGCUUUUUAAGCUUACGACAGGUGAGAUUUCGCAGCAAUAUUGGAACUUGUAUUUCAGAUUUCGCUAUAAAGAAAAAGGGCACUGGAACAGGCUGUUUUAUCGAAUUACCAGAUUUCGUACCUCUUCAGGACUCGAUCUUGGUGAAGAUACCAAGUUCAUGUGAGAUAUACGGCAAAAUGAACAAGAUCAACGCGAUAAGUUCCGAUGCAAGUGUCCAAAAUGAACCGUUGUUGGCACAAGAAUCUGUAGGUACUGUGGGAUUCUCUAGGAUAGUGACGGGAGAGCAUCCCGCCAAUUUGAUCAUGGCGUCUCCGACGCCUAUGUCGAAUAUCGCGGUUGUAAAGAUCGAUAGUGGUGAAAACGACGGCAUGUAUGUGCCUGAAUUUGACCAAAGUGUGCUAUGCUACAGCGGAAACUUGAUGCUGAGAAACAAUAAUCAGAUCACUGGCUAUGGAGUUGUUGCCCUUGCCGGAAGAGGGCCAGUUUAUCAAGUCAUCCUCAGAGAAGGCGAGCAUAUGGUAGUAGCGAGCGAAUCUAUACUGGCGUAUGAUUCCCAGGCACAAAUUCGCUUGAUUAGGCUGCAAUCACCUUAUAGGAGUCCCAGUGCUAUGUACAGCUUUUUCUCCAGGUAUUUUCAGCGCUACUACGAUCAAGUGCUGAUGAAAUUGAACAAGUCCUUCGCAACAGGUAGGGUUUUCAGCAAGAUCCAAGGUCCUGGCACUUUCUUCUUGCAGACGCAGUUCGUUCCAGGAAGCAGAAAGUAUUUAGAUGAGGAAUUGUUGCAAAUAACCAAAUCAGAGGCCUAA